AAUAAAGCUCCGUUGAGGCCGUGAUCCGGAGUCCGGGCGAGCUGGAGCCAUGGUGCAGGUCUACAACUUGCACCCGUUCGGGUCUCAGCAAGUCGUUCCUCUGAAGCAGGAACCAGCGCUCUUCUGCUGCGGGGGCGACGUACUCCUGGUGGCCUGCGGCUCCGGCGCCAGCAAGGUGGAAGUGUUUGGGGAACUCUGCCAGCCGCUUGGCUCCUUCAGUACCUUGGGCCGAGUGCUGUCCAUGGCAUACGGCGAAGUGGGAGAUUAUCUGGCCACUAUUGAGGAGACACACAGCACCCUCUUCCUACGAGUUUAUGUUAACUGGAGAUGCAUGUCCUCUGGCAGCUCACGUGUUUGUGUGCGGAUGCAAGGUCAUAACCCAGAAGCUUCCUAUACCGAGAUGUCUAAAGAACAAAUGACAAUCAUAGAAAUUCCUCUUUCUGAUCCUCCCACAUGUUUCUCCUGUUGCCCUUUAUCAGGAGACCUACUGGUUGGCUGCAAGGAUAAGUUGGUAUUAUUCCACUUGAAGCAUUUAUUUGUGAGUGAGGAUGUAAAAGUGCUUGACUUCGAACGUUCCUUAAUUUUGCACAUGGAGAAGAUCACCCCAACAGAAGUUGCAUUUUGUGCAGGGUAUGUUGCUGUCACAGCAGAACUGGAAGUCCUUGUCUUCAAACUACUAACUGGGGAGAAAGUAACUUUGGCUGGUAAUAGCAAUAUCUGUGAAUCUGUAGAGCCUGAAAUACCCAUUAAUGAAGGUAUAACAGAGGAAGUUGAUCAAACUCAAUCAGAAUCAGAUGGGUUUGUUUUCUGUCAGCAGCCUGUGGAACUUCUUGGAGAAGAAAGUAGCAAGUGUGAGAUAUCUGUUAUUUUGGAGUCAAUUAGCUUAACUGGUCAAGAUUUAAAUAUCCAAGUGCAAUAUGUCUUGUACAG